CUUAUCAAUUCUAAACUUAAAAUUAGUUUUCAGCAAUAUUUAUGAUGCCUUAAAUUUAAUAAAAAUCGGUGUCGUCUGCGUGUUAUUUUCUAACGAGCGAGGAGGAUUCAUUGGGGGAAGAACUAUGACUUUCUUCAAGGGCGUCGUGAUUCUUUUUGGAAUAUUUCUAAAUGUUUCUGCAGAUUCAUGCGCCGGUAGGUGUGGCCAAGGAGUAAACUCAAAUUACAACUGUCAGUGUAACUCGGCUUGUAUCAACUUUGAGGACUGCUGCGUGGAUUAUAGUACCAUUUGUCUUGGAGCAACAUGUUAUGGACGAUGUGGACAAUCGGCCAACUCGGCAAAGCCCUGUCAGUGUAACACUCUAUGUAGUUCGUAUGGUGACUGUUGUACGGACUACAAUGCCCUAUGCUUAAACGGUGGCGGCCCAGUAACCCCGGUUGAUCCUUUGAGUGACGUAAUAAAUGACAUCUGGGAUAGCGACACAAAUCGUUUUACAUCGUCAGAAAUUGUUCUUAGUACAACAGGAAAUAAACUAUUCACAAAUGUCAACGAAGCAAAGUUUUCCCUUCCGACGUUUCAAGCGUUUAUAAAUCUUCUGGAUAACUAUGAGCGCAAGAUCGGACUUGCAGAAAUCUUGCUGGAAUACAAUUACAAUGAAAUAGAAACGUUUCUUGACGUUGUCAUGGCAACUGAAUCCAUGAUCCUAGCCAAUGCGUUCCUUGUUAGAAAUGGAAAAGUCGGAACCAGUGCAACCGCAUUCAGAGACGCCCUCAAAGAGUUGUGGUUCAACCUUUAUCCACGGUCCUCGAGUCAAAAUUUUGACGACAGUUCAGGGUUCGAACAUGUGAUGGUUGGAGAAAUAAAGGGAACCAGUAUAUCGGGAUUUCAUAGCUGGAUUCAACUUUACCUACAAGAGAAAGCAGGUGAUCUAACAUACACGUCAAUGGUCUCCCAGUCAGAGCCAAACAUAAAGGCGGCGGCUUUCCGGUGGUUCGGCGGCACCAAAUCAAAAGGUUCGUUUUUUCUGGGAACCAGUCCUGAGUUCGAUCUAGCCGUUUACACAAUCUGUGCCCUGUCGCACCCCAACGCCCGCUGCAACUUCUCCCUGAAAGGCAACAGUGUAUCCAUACAGACCUAUGACAUCAGUCAUAAAGCCGGGAGCCAGAUCGGUUCUGCAUAUCCGGCUGUUUAAGGGAACGAUUUUCACGGGAACUUUGAAUACAUUCUGACAGAUAUUCACGAUGGACAAAUAUAAUGCUGGUUACUUCAUUUUUUUUAUCAACGUUAUACUAGUACAUGCGAAUAAAAGUAUAUUAUUCAUA